CGCUGAUCCCAUUGGUGGAGCUGGAUUUCGGUCUGGCUCUCUGUUCUUUCUCGCCUUCUCUGCCUCCCUCUUCUCCACGCUGCUCUGAUCUUCCUCUUGCCUCUCUCCUUGCUCACCAGGGAAUAACUCACCCUCCCGGGGAUAGCAGAGUGCACUGCAGAGCCUGACAGAAGCAUCCUGCAGGGCAUGGAAGAAGCUGCUUUGGCAUCUGUGAGAAUACCUAGAGCACCAAGCCGGCACUGACUCAGGCGUCAGGGUCCCAGUCCCCAGCUGCUGUCCUGCCUGGGUAGCCCAGACGACUGUCUCUUCCUCCCUCUCCUCCAGUCUUUCACUGCAGAGCUGCUGGACCCAGUCCCUGCAGGAGCCACACCAGAAGGGAUCAUGGAGCUGCUGUCCACGCCCCACAGCAUCGAGGUCAACAACAUCACUUGUGACUCCUUUCGCAUCUCCUGGACCAUGGAGAACACUGACCUGGAACGAGUCACCCACUACUUCAUCGACCUCAACAAGAAGGAGAACAAAAAUUCCAACAAGUUCAAGCACCGGGAUGUUCCCACCAAGCUGGUGGCCAAGGCUGUGCCACUCCCCAUGACAGUGAGAGGUCACUGGUUCCUGAGCCCCCGCACAGAGUACAGCGUGGCGGUGCAGACAGCAGUGAAGCAGAGUGAUGGGGAGUACCUGGUGUCAGGCUGGAGCGAGACUGUGGAGUUCUGCACCGGAGAUUACGCCAAGGAGCAUCUGGCACAGCUGCAGGAGAAGGCGGAGCAAAUCGCAGGCCGCAUGCUCCGCUUCUCUGUCUUCUACCGCAACCACCAUAAGGAGUACUUCCAGCAUGCCAGGACCCACUGCGGGAGCAUGCUGCGGCCCUACCUGAAGGACAACAGCGGCAGCCACGGCUCCCCGACCAGCGGCAUGCUGCAUGGGGUCUUCUUCAGCUGCAAUACGGAGUUCAACACAGGCCAGCCCCCUCAGGACUCCCCCUAUGGCCGCUGGCGCUUCCAGAUCCCUGCCCAGCGUCUCUUCAACCCCAGCACCAACCUCUACUUUGCAGACUUCUACUGUAUGUACACGGCCUACCACUAUGCCAUCCUGGUGCUGGCCCCCAAGGGCUCCCUGGGAGACCGCUUCUGCCGUGACCGUUUGCCCCUUCUGGACAUUGCCUGCAACAAGUUCCUGACCUGCAACGUGGAGGAUGGGGAGCUGGUCUUCCGCCACGCCCAGGACCUCAUCCUGGAGAUCAUCUACACCGAGCCGGUCGACCUGUCCUUGGGCACACUGGGGGAAAUCAGUGGGCACCAGCUCAUGAGUCUGUCCACUGCUGAUGCCAAGAAAGACCCCAGCUGCAAGACCUGCAAUAUCAGCGUGGGCCGCUAGGGGUUCCUGGGGAGCUGGGGGGCAGGGGGAGAUGACCUACCAGCAGGACGGCAUGGGCGGCACAGAUCCUGGGAGUUGGCUUCUCUCUCCUGCCCCCUGCUCCCUGUGCACCUUAGUCUCCCCUCUCCACCCCUUGGCAUUAGAGGCCGCAGAGCUUGGCCUUAAGGUGGGCACCGCUAGCUCAUGCCCUGAGGGGAGUCAAAAAGGCUUCUCCACUCAGUCAGGGGGGAGGUGUGUGACAUUGCUGGAGAUGUCCCCCUUUCCUCUGGUCUCCUGUCCCACUGUUUCUUGCCUCAUCCCAGGCCCCAUCUCAGGGAGACCUGCUGCCUCAGAUUCCCUGGGAAGUCCGCGUGGUGUUUGUUUGCCGCCAGGCGAGGAGCAGAGCACUGUGGGUGCUCUUCCUGAGCUGCACCCCUCACAGGGCCCCCCCCCCGAAGAAAAAGGGGUCCCUUGGCCUCUCCCUCUAUAAAUAGUCUCCUGCACCGCUGGACCCCGGCAUCCCUUUGCCGCAGCACCCUCACCCUCUUCCUGCAUGGGGAGAGUCCCUCACCCCACCCCAACAAGGAGGCCCACUCUACUUUGGGGUUUCCAGCUCACUGGGAUUUUUGUCUUCUACCUAAAGAAGAGAAAUUUUUCUCUUCUACUGCGGCACACCUUCUCCCUUACCCAGAGUCCUGGGAUCUGGAAUCACAGCCACUGGGGUCGAGGAGGGGGGUGGACACCCCUGAGACCCAGAGAGAUGCCCUCUCCACCAGGAGCCCGCUGCCUGGUGUGGAGGGCUCAAGCUGGCUUGAGAGUGGGGUCUUCCCCCUGUGCCCUGGUGCCCCCUGGCUGCGUGCUUUGCUCCUGCUCUGCCAUGGCCCCUAAGCACUGUGCCCGUGUGUGACCUGGACUGUUGCUCCGUGCCCGCCCACCAGCAGCCCUGCCUGGCCAAGACCACUUUCCCUGGGGAGUUCUUGGGGCAGUCCCACUAGGCCCAGCCUUCCUUUCUGCCUUUUCUUUCAUUUCCUUCCAGGUCCUGAGGGUAGGGCCUGGGAUUCAGUGUAUGGGGAGGUGUGGGCCUGAUGGGAGACAUGUGGGUGGAGGAGAUCAAACUCCUGAGUGACAGACAGACAGGGCUGACAGGCCAACAAGGCCAGUUCUGGGCAAGGCAAGUGGAACAGUGGGGAACAGGGCACAGGCUGUCUCCACAGCAGGCACAGAAGGUCUGGGCGCUCGCUAGCUGCAUGGAGGAGGAGUGAAAGGACUUGGGCACCCCUGCUCUCCUCAGCCACAGUCAGCAUCUCUUUGGGGGCUGCCCUCCCCAAUCCUGGGGCACCCGCCUGUGCUGUGCUUGCAACCCGCAACAAUAAAGGCCUGAGUCAUG